GGGCAAGAGAGAAACUAAAAGGGUCUUUUUUUACUCAGGUAGUUGAGGGAGUUUCUUUUCUUAUAUUGAGAGGUUUGAAUGAAACAAUGGGAGAGUUGACUAUGUAGGAGUUGAAGACAAUGGUUGAAUAUUAAAGGAAAUGAUGGAAAAGGAUAGAAAGUGAUUGUGUACUUUAAAAAUGAAGGUGCGUGUGUGGGUGCGAGAUAGAUAGAGAGAGAGACAGACAGAGAGAGAGAGAGAGAAAGAGGGGGGCAUGACACACAAAGCAGUUGGCACAAAUUAGCAGAAAGUUCAACACCCCAUAGAGCUGUUUUCAAAUAAAUUCUGUUCCUUUUUGUCCCAUCAAGUCAACUUAAGACAAAAGUUUGCGUCUUUGGAAUUGAGGUUCUGGGAUUUUGCUAUAUAUGAAUUGAAGUGGAGAUGAUAUUGGUGUAGUGGGCUUUUCAACUGGUUUGGUGAGAUGAAGGGUGUUCUUUCCAUCAGCUUCUUGUUUUGUUGCUUGCUGCUACUUUUGGAUUCUUCAGUUUCACUUCCUCUAUGCGUUGAUUCAAGGGCACCCUUUACCUUGAACAAGACACUUGGGUUUUGUCCUUACAAUGGAAGCACGUGUUGCAACUCCACACAAGAUGCACAGAUUGAGAAGCAAUUCCGAGCAAGCAACGUUUCAGAUCCUGGCUGUGCCUUGGUUUUGAAAUCAAUACUUUGUGCGAGGUGCGACCCAUUUUCAGGGGAGCUAUUUACUAUUCAAUCCUCGCCUAGAUCAGUUCCUGUGCUUUGCAAUUCCACCAUACCAGCAAAUUCUUCUCAAUCAAAGACAGAAGUGGAAGAUUUUUGCUCUCAAGUAUGGGACACAUGCAAUGAUGUAUCUAUAGUGAAUUCUCCAUUUGCCCCUUCAUUACAAGGUCAAGCAGGAGCACCAGCUCACAGCAAUGCUACCAAACUCUCUGAUUUAUGGCAGUCCAAAACAGACUUUUGCACUGCAUUUGGUGGAGCAUCUGAUAAUUCAUCAGUGUGCUUUGAAGGGGAACCUGUUUCACUGAAUAAAACUGGGACCUCUAUUAGUCCUCCUCACGGCUUGUGCCUUGAGAGAAUUGGUAAUGGAUCUUAUCUCAACAUGGUGGCUCAUCCGGAUGGCUCUAACCGUGCAUUCUUCUCUAACCAAAUGGGAAAGGUUUUUCUGGCAACACUUCCGGAUGAGGGAUCAGGAGGAACAUUGAAGCUUGAUGAAUCAAGUCCUUUUGUUGAUCUGACUGAUCAAGUUUAUUUUGAUACUCAAUUUGGAAUGAUGGGCAUGGCAUUUCAUCCAGAUUUUGCUAAAAAUGGACGAUUCUUUGCUUCAUUUACAUGUGAUAAGUCCAAGUGGUCUGGAUGUACUGGAAGAUGUUCAUGUAAUUCAGAUGUUAACUGUGAUCCAUCAAAGUUAGGUACUGAUCAUGGCGCCCAACCAUGCCAAUAUCAAACUGUUAUAGCAGAAUAUUCUGCUAAUAGCUCUGGAUCCCAGCCUUCCUCGGUACACACCUCUUCACAUGUGGAAAGUGCUAAACCAACUGAAGUGAGAAGAAUAUUUACCAUGGGGCUCCCAUUUACAUCUCAACAUGGAGGUCAAAUACUCUUUGGACCCGAUGAUGGGUAUUUAUACUUAAUGAUGGGAUAUGGAGGAGGUGCUGGUGAUCCUUACAAUUUUGCACAAAACAAGAAAUCCUUGCUUGGAAAGAUUAUGAGACUUGAUGUAGACAACAUCCCAAGUGCAGCAGAUAUUAGUAAACUCAGCCUUUGGGGUAACUACUCCAUUCCGAAGGACAAUCCUUUUAGUGAAGAUAAAGAUCUGCAGCCUGAAAUAUGGGCAUUGGGACUAAGGAAUCCUUGGCGCUGCAGUUUUGAUGCAGAAAGACCUUCCUACUUUUUGUGUGCAGAUGUUGGACAGGAUGUUUAUGAGGAGGUGGAUCUCAUCACGAAGGGUGGAAACUAUGGCUGGCGUGUUUACGAGGGCCCCUAUCCAUUCCAGCCGACACAAUCACCUGGAGGAAAUACUUCGGUAAAUUCCAUAAAUCCAAUUUUCCCAAUAAUGGGUUACAACCAUUCUGAAUUAAACAAGAACGAAGGAUCAGCAUCCAUCACCGGAGGAUAUGUCUAUCGAUCUACCACUGAUCCUUGCAUGUAUGGAAGAUACUUGUAUGGAGAUCUAUACGCGGGUGCAAUAUGGGCAGCCACCGAGGACCCGCAAAACAGUGGAAAUUUCAGCACCAGCAGAAUUCCCUUCAGCUGUGCGCGUGAUUCUCCUAUACAGUGUGACUCUGCACCUGGAAACCUUCUUGCUUUAGGCUAUAUCUUCUCAUUUGGCGAAGACAACAACAAAGACGUUUACAUCCUUGCAAGCACCGGUGUUUAUCGAGUUGUUCGUCCAAGUCGCUGCAGUUAUGCUUGCUCUCAGGAAAAGGCAACUACUACUACAACUUCAGCUCCCUCUCCUUCUCCUUCUCAUGCUACACGUUGGAGUGUCCUUUCUGGAUAUUUGUUUUUGCAGUGUUCAUUUUUGUUGCUGCUUUUGUUGGGUUCUAUGUAGAGUGAUAUGAUCUUUGUACAUUAUGUAGAAGAGAUCGUAAGAGGAGAAUGCUUACCCUUUCUUCUGGGUUUUCUACAUUUUGGUUUCCUUAUGCUUGAUUAAUAAAAGAUGAGUUGUGUUGCUGAAUCAA